AUGAAGUCCUCAGGAACAGUUAACAACUUCAAUCAUGGCAUUGAGAAGAGGAAGCUGAUAUAUUCUACCUUUGUGGGAGAUGGUGAUAGCAGCUGUUUUGGCAGAGUCAAUUCAAAAAUGAUUGAACUUUACGGAGACAAAUAUCCAGUGGUUAAGGAAGAAUGUGUUGGCCAUGUGCAGAAGAGAUUAGGGACUGCCCUCAGAAUUUACAAGAGAAAUAUAAAGAUGGCUGGCCUAAAGAUGUUGGAUGGAGGAAAGGUUGAUGGAAGGGGUCGACUGACUGACAAUUUUGUGGACAGAAUGCAAAAAUAUUAUGGAAGAGCCAUACGCGAAAAUACAGGUGAUUUACACCAAAUGAAGAACAGUGUAUGGGCAAUCUAUCAUCACAUGAUAAAAGAUGAUUCAUGUACCCUAGAGGAGCAGCAUAAGCUAUGCCCCAAAGGCGAAGGUACCUGGUGCAAAUUUUGGAAGGCUCCAGAAGAAUAUAAAGAGGACAACCGCCUUCCUUGUGUUUUUAUUGAUGAACUGAAGCCAAUUUUCAUUAGGCUUACUAAUGAUGAUUUAUUGAAGAGGUGUUUGCAUGGGCAAACCCAGAAUCGAAAUGAGAGCGUUAAUGGACAGUUAUGGUCGAGAUGCCCCAAAAAAAAGUUUGAAAGUUUUAAGUUUUUUUUUUUUUAA